AUGUAUGCCACGCGCAGGAAGCAAGGGGCACCUGCGCGGGCGCCUUUUCGCCUGUCGAAUCCACGUCGGCUCCAAACACAGCGAGGCAUAUCUCCGGCAGGUGGGACCCUGCGGCUGAAGCUGCCGAGUGAGAGCACAAUGCUCCCAUCGGUGCGCUACGCGGCCCAUCUGACGAAGUACGAGAAAAGCGAGAUUCAGGGCUACACUGAUGUAUGUUAUGUGGGCCAGAACUGCCAAUCGAAGAUCCCCGCUCCAGUGGAGGGCGGUUUUAACAGCGGGUACGAUGACGAGCGGGGAGACUAUGUAAUAAAGCUGCACGAUCACAUAGCCUACCGCUACGAGGUUCUGUCCCCACUGGGAAGCGGCUCCUUUGGCCAAGUAGUCAAGGCUGCCGAUCACCUCAAAGGCACUACCGUCGCACUGAAAAUAAUUCGAAACAAAAAACGCUUCACGGCGCAAGCAAAGGUCGAAGUGCAGAUUUUGAUGCAUCUUCGAAAAGGGGAUCCUGUUGGACAGUAUGGCAUAGUUCAGGCGCUUGAUAGUUUUUCAUUCCGAUCUCAUAUGUGCAUAACCUAUGAGCUAUUAUCCCUUAACUUGUAUGAGCACAUGAAACAGCGCAACUUUCAUCCUUUGUCGGUGAAUGUAGUUCGAAAAAUUGGGGCCGGGGUGUUGGUUUCACUCUCAUACAUGUGGCGUGAAAACGUCAUUCACUGUGACUUGAAACCGGAGAACAUUCUCUUAAAGGCACCCGAUAGAGCAGCUGUGAAGGUAAUUGAUUUGGGAUCGGCGUGCUUCGAAAACGCUCGAAUCUACACAUACAUUCAAUCGCGUUUUUAUCGCGCACCGGAAGUAAUUUUAGGCUGCCCAUAUACCAAGCGGAUCGAUUUGUGGAGCUAUGGAUGUGUUCUGUGUGAGCUUGCCACUGGAUUCCCGAUAUUUCCUGGAGAAAGCGAGCAGGAACAGUUGGCCUGCAUCAUGGAAUAUCUAGGACCGCCACCGCGUGAGAUGCUACUUCAAUCUCCACGCAGGCAUGAGUUCUUCGACGCCAACGCAAAUUACGCCCCAAAGUUAGUUCCGAACAGCAAGCGACGAAUACGAUACCCCGGCACAAAGUCCCUUGCCGCGUUUCUCGGACUCCCCGAUACAGACGGGUUUGUUAGCUUCAUCAGACAGUUCCUCUGCUGGGUGCCCGAUGAGCGCGUGCCCCCGCGCAAGGCGAUGCGACACGAGUGGAUCGCCAGCGCCUUCGAGGAUCCGCCGUCGCAGCCGCCGCCGCCGUUAUCAGCAGGCGUCACCAGGCUGGCUGUGCUUGCGGCAACAAUGAAUGAUUAUGGUGCAACAGCAUCACCGUGUGGUGUGCCACAUUUGCCAAAAAUUGGUCCUCGUUGA